AAAUCCCGCCUUCCUAAACUAGGAUUGGCUGGUAAUAUUCUAAACCACUAUUCUAUUGGCUGAUUACGUUGUCAGUAGGAAAUUCUACCCAAUGAACACAAAGAGGCGGGAUUACCGUAAAACGAUUAGGGAAACAACUAGCAUCAUUACAAAAAGUGAGCAAGAGCGUGGCUAACGGUAUUCUGGCUGAAUAACUAAGAAAUGCAUUUGACAUUUAUAUUAAAGCAGAAAACACUAAUUAUCGAAAUAACACCAAAAUUAUACUUAGAAAUAAACUUAUGCACAUAAUUAACUCAAAUAUGUCUUGAAGAAGAAGUACAACCGCAAGUCGUUGAGCCAAAAUGGCGCCGAGUCUUUUACAGCGGACUGUGGCUGGUCAUAGUGUUGCCUGAGUAAAUUUUGAAAAUAUUUUGAUAAAUAAUAACUAUACAUUUGUAAUCGAACAUAAAAUAGUCAAUUCCAAUAGUUUUCGACGUAAUUUACACGUAAAGAUACUAUAUAUGUAAAGUAAGGGCAACGUUAAUAUCUUUAACUAGCGCCACAACUGUCGGACAAGCGAAUCUCAAAUAGCUUCUUGUUCCCUAUAUAUGUGCACUACCUAGGGUAGGACGCCAUGUUUUCUACGCCAUAUCAAGUGCACUAUAGAGUCAUAUAAUUGUCGUUUUGUAUUAAGCCAAAUAGAAAUGAAAACAAAUUAAAAUAUGAGGCAAUUGUUGUGGAAAAUAGUGACUUUUAUUCUUCACCUUCUUGUUCAUAUUAUUAUAAUUAUCAUUAUUAUUUUAAACCAGUUUAGUUAUAGUUUAAAGUACGAUAGUUAUACAGUCUACUGAGGUUAGCUUGCCUGGCCUUAGCAUAGCCUGAGUAAAAUGUGAAUAAAACAUUUUUAAACAAAAAAAACACAAUAAUGUGAAUAAUUCUUCUUAUAUUUAAUGUACAAUAGCUUAUUUUAUUUAACUCCAUUUUAGAAUCGGCCUCCAGUAAGGACCCGUUCCUAAUAAACAUGUAGGCAUCAUAGACGGUCUUAAAAGAAGGGCGAGUCUAAAAUACAUGAUGUGUGAUAGUUAGGUGCACUACUUAGGGUGCAACUCAAAUGUUUUCCAAAGUUUUUGUAGCGCACUAAUAUAUAAAGUAACGCGGAUUGGAAUCAGGCGGGACAAGGACCAAAGAAAUGAAACUCACAUGGGCAGGAAAGUCGUGCAGAGAAGCAAGUGUGUAGAAUAUGAAGCUGAAAUGAGUUUUUAUGUAUAAUUAUUAUUUUUGAUAACAAUUAGAAGUAAAUAAAAAGAAAACAAAACGUAUAAAGAACAUAUUUUAGAAAGGACGUCGUAGCAGAAACAUUGCAAGGUGCAAGUGUUGAGUUGAUGGCAGUUUAUGCUCCUGAUUUAAUAUUAAUAUUGGGAUAAAGUGCAUGUCUGUUGUCUGGCUGUUUUCUUGUUGAUUUGUUUGUCUUGUCUGAGCAUAAAUAAAUGAAAUCCUGAAGAUUCGUGUUGACAGCAGUGGAAGAUAAAAUGAGCUCCUCUUUGGUAGUGCCAGUGAUAGAUGUACAGAGCAAUAAUUUUAAGGAGUUAUGGCCUGCCAUGGUGCUCUCCUUUAAAACAGCUUCAUUUAUCGCCCUGGACACGGAACUGAGUGGUCUUGGAUCAAGAAAAGCUCUUCUAGCAGAGUCAAUCGAGGAUCGAUACAAAGCGAUAUGUCACGCUGCUCGUACGCGCUCCAUACUGUCCCUCGGAAUUGCCUGCUACAAGAAACUCAGUGAAAAGGCCGAGAGUACGUACCUGGUUCAGGUGUAUAACCUGACGCUACUGUGUGCGGAGGAGUACAUCAUCGAGCCCCAGUCUGUAAAGUUCCUGGUUCAGCAUGGCUUCGACUUCAAUAAACAGUACGCGCAGGGGGUUCCGUACGACAAGGGCAACGAUAAGGGUGGAGACGCUCAUGGCACGACCAUGCGCACGAUAUUCACCGAGCUCCUCCGUGCCAACAAGCCCCUGGUGGUCCAUAACGGCCUGAUCGACAUGGUCUUCCUGUACCAGUGCUUCUACGCCCACCUGCCCGAGCGACUCGGGACCUUCACGGCGGAUUUAUCAGACAUGUUUCCCGCCGGGAUUUACGACACCAAGUACAGCACGGAGUACGAACUGCGCUUCACCGCCUCGUACCUGGAGUACGCCUACAAAAAAUGUAAACUGGAGAACGGCAGAUGGAUCGAGGCGGGUCGGGACGGACCCGGCGUGUUCUUGGAGUUUUGUAGUUACUCCGGACGGCUGCAGAGCUACGUGGAUUUCAGACCCUGCGUGGACGGCUCGGACCACGACGGCAGCCUGAACGUCUGCGCUCAGUUCUCCGCGUAUGGAUGGUGCCCGAACGGUGCCCAGUGCCACAUGUCACAUGACACAGACCUCAUCAUCCGACAGGACGAGAAAAACAAAGAGGAUAAAAAGAGAAAGAGGAAGCGCAGGAAGAAGAAGCAGCGUGCCGAGGAGGAGGAGGAAGCGGAGGAUGGGACGUCCCAAGAUAAAAGAGCUCGUCUGGUCGAUCAGGAAGACCCAGAACAGAAGGUCCAGGACGCUCAGGACGUUCAGGAGGCCUCGAUGGAGCAGAACGUCCAGCCGAGCGGAAAUAAAAGCGACGCUCCUCCCGCGCCGGACGCGAACGGCAGAGAGAAGAAAGCGGAGGGAGGGACGCACCGAGCGGGGUUCGACGCCUUCAUGACCGGGUACGUGUUCGCCUUCACCAGCGCUCGGCGCGAGACCUCGGAGGAACCCGGCGAGCACGCGUGGAUCCCGGGCUGUCAGAACAAGCUCUACCUGAGCGGCAAGUGCGUUCCGCUGCACGUAGCCAAGAGCAGCUUCUCCAGGUCGUCCAGAGCUCACGUGGUGAAGAUGGAGCAGGUCUGGGGGAAGCGGAUCCCGGAGAACAGCGCCGGCAAGGCAGACUGACACGUGUGUGUGUGUGUGUGUGUGUGUGAAGGAAAAUGUGGGUUCAUGUUUACGUUUGUGAUUAUUAUGAUUUACAGGUGAACUCGUCUUUCAUUUUGCUGUACAAAUAAUGUGACUGGGAGAACAUGUUAAUGGCCAACAAUGGGCAAAUAGUACAAAUCAAGAAAUUUGGGGGUCUGUCUGAAAACCUAGCUAGCGCUCUCUCUAGAUAGACGCAUUUUAGGUCAUCGUACACUCCCGAGAAGAGGGCGUGUCUAAAUACUCCGAUUUCUUAAAAUGCUCCUACUGAGGCGCCUUCAUUCUGAGUGAUGAUCUGACUGAAGGCAAUCCCAGAAUUCAAUGUGGCAUAAUUUGUUUUUCCCUCACAGAAAACUACAAAUGUACCAGACGACUAUAAUGCGGAGCAACCAACAGAGUUCUUUUCAAUUUAUAAUGUAAAUAAACUCUCAUUGAUUAUAAUCUGUAUUAAGGUGUGAUUCUACGAGUGUCGUUUAUUUGUAAAUUGGGGCGUCAGGGACAGUUUAAGCGUUCUCGGUACACGGAGGGAGACGUUAGCUGGCGUCUAGCGGGUUGUGCCGCGAGGCUAACUGUGUUCGGGUUAGUUUAGUAAGCUAAAACUGUGGUGACGUAAGUAGAGCGUCUAAAGAAUCUGAUUACGAGCUCCGUGUCUGAUUAGAAUUCUCUCUACUGAGGCAGCUGAUCAGGUAGGUAGCAGGCAGCAGGGCGGCUCACUAGGUUUUCAGACAGACUCCUGUGCUAAGCCACCAGUACCAGCGUCUUUAACCACAUAACGGCUCGCUGUAACCCAGACGUUCUCCUGACCUUCAGAGAGAUCAUAAAUUCUGUUUUAUUAAAAAAAAGCCUGAAAUGAA